CGGAAGAAAAAUAUUUUAGCUGUUUGCAGAUUAAAAAGACUUCCACACGAAAAAGAGCUCAGAAGACCGGAACUAGAGGUUUCUUCUGCCAACACUGUAGAAAGUUUUACUCAUAAAGGAAACCUUAAAAAGCACAUACAAAUUCACACUGGAGAGAAGCCUUAUGCAUGCACUCAGUGUGGAAAGAGUUUCACACAAAGUGAAAGUCUUAAAGUCCACAUAAGAAUUCACACUGGAGAGAAGCCAUACACAUGCCAACAGUGUGGGAAGAGUUUCACACAAAAAGAACAUCUUCAAGUCCACAUGAGAGUUCACACAGGAGAGAAGCCUUUUACAUGCACUCAGUGUGGAAAGAGCUUCACUGAGAAGAGAAACUUAAAUCUCCACAUGAGCGUUCACACUGGAGAGAAGUCUUUCACUUGCCAACAGUGUGGAAGAAGCUUCACAACAGCAAUAAACCUCAGGUGUCACAUGAGAAUUCACACCGAAGAUCACAUGUGAUCAGUGUGGAAACAACGGGUGCUUCUCAAUAUCCCUCCUCGCUUCCUCGCUCCUCCGUCCUCCAUCCUAUGACCCGGAAACCGAUCGAGCUCAGCCAUCUUGAAGGACAUCUCAAUUCUCUUACUGCACCGCGAGGAGGCGAGGAUUGAGAAGUGAGGAGCCUUCCAGAGGCGCUAUGAGCGAGGAUAAACAGGUGUAUCCUAUGCGGAAGUCUUCUUCAUCGAAAAACCUGACGCACGUGUAAAUUCUCCUCCCCCUUCUCAUCUGUUUCUCAUAAUCUAAAUCUCAUAAUUUUAAUUUAUAUUUUACCUUUGCAAUUUAACCCCUUUGCUUCCACCCCCCAUUUUCAGCAUGAAGACACAAAUGACAUCCCCAAAAUAAAAAGGUUCCUGCUCAUGAGUCUUUCUGACUAGAUAUGUAAUCAACAUACAGUAU